AUGCUCAAAUUAAAUAGUAAGUGGUCCAAGCAGUUUAACAGUGAUAAAAACACCCUUCAUUUCCCACAACAGAGGUCUCAAAACUAUGGGCAUCUCCUGCAAGCCUUUUCCACUAAUCAUCAAAUAGAUUGGUCACACUUUGUCAUUUCUCAGAGUGGCAAACUUUUUAUCCAACCUAAUAGCCCGUACGCUGUCCCUUUUAAACUUCUUCACCGAACCAUUGCACUGAUUAAAAGCCUCGACAUUGGACAAAUACAGAUACAAAGCAAUCCAAGGUGGCAAAACCUCUUUCCCCGCGCGUAUUUCGCAAUAUUGUUGUGGCUAUUUCAGCUUCGGACUUUAUCGUGCUGGAAGAAAUCCUCUCGAGAACUGCGAUCACUUCAUUGAUAGUGAAAGCAUUAAACGAUUUCCGCCUGGUUCAUCUAUCGCAAGUAUAUAUUUCGAAAAAAAUUUUUUAUGCAUUUGCAACAACGAUUCCUCGCUCUGCUUGAUUGUCAAACUGUUCCUCUCGUCUAAGGUUAGAGUUCUGGUUAGAGCUCGACAACCGUGAAAACCCUGCAUGGUCGUGUCAAGAGAUAUAUGCAUUAAACCCAAACACGAAUAGCGGUCCUCAUUGGUUGAAGACACCUCAUGAACCUUAUCAGGUAUAUAGGACAUGUUAACCAAAUUGUAUUGACGUUACCCAUACACCGUACAUUGUCAUCACCUCAGUAUUUAUACAUGAACUUGUGGUUAGAGUUCGUCGAGUUCGACAACUGUUUCUCUGUAGCUCAGUUGGUUCGAGCACUGCACCGGAAUCGCAGGGCCGCAGGUUGAUUCCUGCCAGGGACCUAAGGUUGUAUUUUUUGCAGCUAUUCUGGUUAGGUCUAAUAAAUGUAUAUAAAUUUUCACUCGAGAACGUGCGAACUGACAUUUCCGUGUUAGCGCAGACGAAUGUUGCACGGUUGCAUCUCUAGAUUCGCUUUUCUAUAAGUUGUAAUCCAAAUUCCAAAUUUAUAUACUAGGCACUCAAAAUUCCAGUCCUGUGUGGCUUUUAGCCAAUCAGAUAAAGUAUUUCACAAUGAGGAAUAAUAUUUGAAUUUCAUGUAGCGUUCUCGAAUUAGAAGAGGUAACGAGUCACAGUCAGAAAAUGAAGCAAAUAAUCCAACAAAAAGAAGAAAAGAUACGUGCUAUGGAACAGAAGUGAGUUCGUUUCAAAGUUGUGAAAACGUACUUGUUAUAAUUUAAUUUCCAGGAACACUAAAAAAAAAUUGUGCAUGUAUUCAAUUUAAGUUUACUCUAUAGUUGAUUUCACGAAACCUGCGCCAUAAUGUAAUUUCGAAUUUCGUUGCAAAGUUGGCAAGUUGAUUGUCAAGUUUGCAAUUUUGGCUUUUGGGAACAAAAUCUCUGAUUGGCUAAACAGUCACCACCGGCAACCUAUUGACCAAUCAUAUGCUGUUUUUCCAAGGCUGUUUGUGGAUUUCAUAAUACAUGGUCAACUGCCAAAUUUGCAGCGAGUUUCGAAAUUGCUAAACAAAUUUCAGAAAAUUUGUUGUGAAAUCAACUGUUACGCUUAUUUAUUCCAAUUCUCGUACGUUAGCCAGUAUGUAACAUGUUGAAGUAGAGUUUCUUGGAUUUGUGAAUAAUCAUACGCAAUGAAUACCUUUAUCAGUUUUAUCUCAACUGUUCUUCCUAAUGGACUAAAACAUCCCUUGCUGGACCUCUAGGGAGAACAGUGUAGACAUUACCAGGGACACCGGAACGAUAAUAAGGCAAAGGGGAGGCGGACGCACACCAAGGGCACAUCUAUAAAGCAAAACUUCAAAAUUUAUCGGAAAUUUUUUUAUUUCCAUCGAAAAUUUUGGGCGACCUGCCCCCCCCUGCCCCCCCCCCCUAGCAAAAGGCAAGGGGGGCAGCCGCCCCCUGCCCCCCAGUUCCGGCGUCCCUGGACAUUACUGAUUCUCAUAACUACUAGAUAUACUGUACCAGUGUUAUCACACGAGGAACCCAGAGAAAUCUUGCUGUGGGUGGAAAAGAAACUGCCAAAUAUCACAUUCUGUAAUUUACUUUCUCUUUCUCAACUUCACUAGAGUGGACGAGUAUGAAGAAGCUAGUCGACAAUGUGACCGACCAAGAAGAACGAACCACAGUGUUGAAUAAUAGGUACACUAUGCCAAGCCAAUGGUAGCCUGCGAACAAAGCGUUUAUUCAGGUGGGUUAUUAUUACGAGGCCCACAUGAAUAAACGCCUAUUCGCAGGCUAGCCAAUGGGUGAUUCCAGCUAUAGACUAAAUUUUGAUCAUGGCAAGAAGAACGAAAUCCAACACCACAGCUAGAAAGAGCGUCUUAGAAUGAAUAAAACUACAAAGAUUGGUUCCUAAAUAUGUUAUAAAGGCUAAGCUUGACCUAAGGCCAAGCUUGACCUUUAUAUAAGAGUUUUCUGAACCCUCAGACAUGUCCUCGUCAAACAAGAUCACGAAUUGGACCAUUCCAAUUAAUAUAGGCAUGCACCCCCCUAUUGAGGGGUCCCUUCAUCUCCCCCUUAUGAUAUAAAAAAUUUGGAACCCCCUUGGAUGCAAUUUGUGGAAGUUACCCCCAGAGGAUAUCUUACUAACCCCUUUAGGAUAUCACUUUUUCCCUCUUGAAUAUCACUAUAAAACACCUAAGUUUUGCUAUUUUCAAGCUUCCCUCUAGGAUAAUUUAAGAUGAAGACCCCCUCCUCCCACAUUAGAUAUCCACACCCUUCAAUUGUGUGUGUGUGUGUGUGUGUGUGUGUGUGUGUGUGCGUGUGUGUGUGUGUGUGUGUGUGUGUGUGUGUGUGUGGGAUGCACAUACUAAAGGGAAUGGCAUGGACUGUGAGUGAAUCGCAAUUCUCAUCAAUUCUUAUCCUCGUUCGAUUAGGCUUCCCGUCUUCUGGCACAAUUGCAUGCUACUGUCGACUGAAGAUGAAUCUAAAAUAUUUACAGUUCAAUUUUUCAUUAUUUCAAACUGAGAAGUGUGUUUUCUUUUGUAUGUUUAAAGUCUUCAAGAUACUCAGAUAAAGUGUACGAACUUGGAAAAUGAAAUUGCUAAGGUGCACAGCAAGUACGAAGAGAAAGUUAAACGCAGGUAAACGUAUUUUCCUUAAGAAAUUCCUUGACAUGUUUCUAUGGUGAAAUAGAAUUGUUUUGGUUUGUGGAACUAUGCAUUCCUUAUUAAAGGUGGUUGAAAUGUGUAAAAUUUUGUUAACAUUCUAGAUUUAAUAAAUAGAAAAUUUAUUAAUAAAAACAUGAUUUUGCAGUAAAACACUCGAUUUUUGGAUUAGCAUUCGUUUUAUUAUUCCGGACUGGUUAUUCAAAGCCGGAUUAGUAUUAAUCCUCGGUUAAAAGUUAACCUGCUGUUUUAGUUUAUGCAUUUCUGCAUGUGUGUUUAUUUCAAAACUUCCGAGAAGAAAACUCCCACUGGUUCAGACAAGAUUUCUGAAGAAAUAUUUCCAAAUUUAUAAACAAGUUGUUGGGAAGUUUGCUUUGAAUUUUAGGUUAUCCUAGGGGUAAGCUUAUCGGCUUUGGAACAACUGACUCCGAAUUAUUGUAUAUAGAGCUUGAGAAUGAAUACAAAGCAUGAAACUCGAGCAAGAUGACGGGCAGUGGCAUAGCCAGCCCGUGGAUUUGGUCCCGCUAUGCAAAUUUCGAGUCAUCAUUCAUUUCGUUAGAAAUUGAUUGUUUUCACAGUCAAUGAACACGAAAAUAUUUGCAUAGCGGGACUACAUCGGCGGACUGGCUACGCUACUGAGGACGGGAUGUACAUAAGGGCUAAUUAAAGUGUUUUCAUUCUUUUCACAGCCUGGAAGAUGUGGACACGCACAGAAUACGUCGUAAUGAAAGUGUCCGUCGAAGAGAGGAGCAAAUUAAAUCGUUAGAGAAAUCUAGAUCAAAGUACGUGUUCUGUAUAGUAUUUCGUUUUUCUGCAGUCAAGUGUAUCAAAUAAUCUCAAUUUUUCUAAUUGUAAAACAUCUGCUUUUAUUUGUAGAUUAGAAACAGUAUUACAUGCUCAAGAGGGACACAUUCAAUCUCUUCAAGAUCGGUAAGUUGGCGGAUUAUCGACUAGUUUGUGCCCAUUCUAGAUUUUCCCAUUCUCACGAACUUCCAAAAUAUGAAAAUUCGGAAUAGAAUCAUUAAUGUCUGCUUUACCAGCAGACAAUUUCAAUAUAUAUAGAAAUAUAGCAGAUAUAAUACAGUACCACACCGUUCAUAGUUUCAUACAAGAAGAUACUAUUGUUAUUCAAAUACCUAGUGGUUUAGAUAGAUUUUUUCCCGUAGGUUAGAAGGUUCUGUGAGUGAUCGUAACAAACUUGGAACAAACAUAAGCAAGAAGAAAGCCAUCAUAAAUCAACUAGAAACCAAGUAAGUUAUAGUUAAAAAUACCAGCACCAAGUAGUGUAUCUUGCAUGGCUGGAUUUUAUGGGGAGGUGGUGCGCACCUCCCCUGCGAUCGUUUUGCACCUCCCUUGAGAAUAUUUCUUGGGAAAGUUGCAAUGAUAGAUCAGAGUGAAAAUUCGACAUUUUUGGUUGCUUAGGGUCUACAAGUCGUAAGAAAGUUUUUCUGUAAAAUUGAAGCAGUGAUACCCUUUUAAUGCAAUGUUUUAAAAGAAACUUUGUAGUAAUUGUAAUGAAGGGCAAAAUUGGAUGAGUUGUAUACAGUCAUAAUUCAUUAAUACACUGCUACAUAUGUACACUACAUGCAUACGGCACGUCGUUGACUUUGGCCCGUUCUAAGCCCUAACUUUCCAUGGGGUUGUGAGGUAGACGCUGCACCUCCCCUAAAUUCUUUCCCACCUCCUCCACUAUUUCCACCAAAAUCCAGCCUUGGUAUCUUGAUUUACAGUAGUUCGAGUAUUCGACCAAACAACGAACUGUCAGAGAAUCGUAUUUUAUAAUUUUCCAUAACUUAACAAUUAGCUUGCGUAUGUAGUUCAACGCGAUCGAGUCGCAGGCUUUCUAAGGGGGCCUCUGGCAACCAUGUUACGACUCAGGUCUGAUCACGGAGCAAGCUACUGUAUGUUGUCGGGGUCAGUUUGGGGCUUAUCCCAACGUAAAGGCUAAUGUAUACUGUACCACCUGGCUAAUCCCAACCCACCCUGUCCACAUUCUCUGUGGGAGAAAACCGAAGUACCCGGAGAAAACCUAUGACUUUCGAUAUAGAGCGUUGACAGGAUCUUUUCAUGGGUGUCAUGAGUCCGCAGCAAGAAUCUAACCCUCGAUCUCAGAGGUGAAAGCUCUUACUCUGACGAUUGCGCCACCCAAUCCCCUUUCAUAGGAUUUCAAUAAUGGCAAAUCGCUCACGUUAACUGUGUGUUUAUUCAGAAUUUUAGAACUCGAGGAAUCCACGGGCGAAACGAAGAAGUCGAAUGAGCUGAUUAAGAAAAAAGACGAGACAAUACAACGAUAUGAAGACAGGUAUGUCGGAAUUAAAUGUGUUUUUAAAAUGGACUCGAUAUAUUUCAAAACCUUUUUUUGCUAUAAAAGAUAUUGCACCUCAUUUUAAACAAAAUCGUUAUGCAUUCCACCAUCUUGGAUAUGCGUAUCCAUCGUCGGAUAUGCGUGACGUCACAACCAGAGUACGACUAUUUUGUAUCUUGAGCAUUUCUCAGGCCAUUUUAUGCCAAAUCCAAUUUUUAAUAUUGACUAUUUUAAAUUUAAAGCACAAGCUAUGUAUAAACUUUCCACUUAUAAUAUUUUUAUUUUUAAAAUGUCUACCCCGGUUUCAACGUCAUUUAAUUAGAUCUAAUUACAAAACAAGAUGGUGGAUAGCAGGAUAUUUUAGUUUCAAAUAUCUCAAAAACUAAAGCCCUGUUUAAACGGAUCCAACAUUGUUGUGCCAACAUCAUCCAACAUUUUUGAAAUAAUGGCCCAAACGGCUUCUUUUUUAAAUCUUUUUGUCAAGACUAGGUUUAGAGUUUGAGUAAAAAAAGCUUAUCUAACCAAAAAGAUUUGAAAGAGAAGCAGUCAUAUUUAUUAUAGUAACGUUGUUGGAUGAUGUUGGUCCAACAAUGUUGGAUCCGUUUAAACAGGCCUUAAGAUAGUUUGAGCGAAUUUGUGAAAGGGGUUUAUAAAUAAUCCUAAUAUUCUUUCAAAUUGGGCAAACAGUUUUGUUGCCAUUUUCUUUUAAACGAGCGAAUGUUCCUAGUUGUUGUUCGAAAUUUGUUAUAUCGUCCAGUGCUAAAGCUUUACUAUAAACAUUUGCGAUGGAUGAACCAGGUGGGAAUCGUAAUCUGAUAAUAAAUAUCAAAGCCCAGCAUAAUAUCCGCAUAAUAAUAGCCAUAACCAAGAGAAAUUUUCAUAAAUUUAAUAUUUACAGAACUAACGUUUCGUCUUGCACUUAAGACAUCUUCAGAGUAGAAUGAUAUAAAAUUACAAAGUUAUAUAUGAAUAAAUUACAACUAAUUACAGAGUAUAGAAUUACAAGUAUAAUCUAAGGAGAAAGGGAGCGGAAGUGCAUAGGGUAUGGAAAGGGGGAUUAGAGUAGAAGAAGGGGAACUGAACUGCCUUGCACGUUCAGGGGAGGUUUCAGUUUGGAAAUAAGAAGGCUUUCAUGGAUCAUAAGCUCGUUUCCAUAUUUCCAUAUAAGCAUAUUUCAUAUAAGCUUAUAUUAUAAGCAUAUAGAUCAUAAGCAUAUUUCCAAACUGAAACCUUCCCUGAACGUGCAAGGCAGUUCAGUUCCCCUUCUUCUACUCUAAUCCCCCUUUCCAUACCCUAUGCACUUCCGCUCCCUUUCUCCUUAGAUUAUACUUGUAAUUCUAUGCUCUGUAAUUAGUUGUAAUUUAUUCAUAUAUAACUUUGUAAUUUUAUAUCAUUCUACUCUGAAGAUGUCUUAAGUGCAAGACGAAACGUUAGUUCUGUAAAUAUUAAAUUUAUGAAAAUUUCUCUUGGUUAUGGCUAUUAUUAUACGGACAUUAUGCUGGGCUUUGAUAUUUAUUAUUAUAUUAUAAACAUUUGAAGUUGGCGGUCAUUGCACUACGCUGAUUCCAGAUUGAAGUUUUUGUGCCGCCGUAUUAUCAGUUACGUAAUUUGUACGAUAGGGCGGAAGAUACGAGAACCUCUGGCAACCAGGGUAUUAUUGCACUAAGUACCUCCAAUGAGAAAAGUUAAGAAUAAACUGAUUGACUGCAAAUAAAAAUAGUCGAUGUAUCUCUUGUGUUCAGGGUUCGAGAAGUUGAAUUGUUGUUGGCAAGAACAAAAACAACAAAUCGAGAAAAAGAUGAAAAGAUAGACGCUCUGCAAAAAAGGUAG